AUGAGUCUUACAGAAUUUGCUAUGUUGUUUGAACCUCACUAUCCGAAAGUGGUAAAUGAUACUGAGGAGAGUGUUGAUCAUGAUGCUUAUGAAGAACAAUCAAACACGCGUCGUCCACUCAUCACUCUGUUGAAUGAGAGCAAAAUGGUUGUGAGAACUGUUCCUGCAGUUGUCAGGGUGCCAUAUUUUAUAGCAGCUUCGGAUCCAGAAAGUUUUUUCUACAGCUUACUCCUUCAAUAUAUGCCACAUCGUUCGGAAACUGAAUUACUUGAAGGCUUCGAUAAUGCAAAAGAAGCUUUCUUAGCUCGAGAGAGUCAUUUAAGGGACACAAGUAGACAUAUGUGCCAACAUCGAGAGCGGGAGCCAGAGAUUAUAAAUCAUGAAGCUGAAGAGGAAGAGUUACCAGAGACAGAAAUGAGCAAUGAUCAAUUCCAAAGAGCGCAACAUGCUAUGAAUGUUGAUCAAAGACAAUUGUUCAUUCUUAUCACAGACAGUAUCAGGAACCAACUCAAUGGUGAUAUUAAACGAGAGAAAAUUUUCGUAACUGGUGGAGCAGGCACCGGGAAAACAUUCCUCUUUAAUCUAUUGAAAAACCAAGUAAACCGAUGUUAUGGAAAACCGGUGGUAAAAGUUGGUGCUCUAACUGGAGUUGCAGCACGGUUGAUCGGUGGGUCUACGCUACACCGUCUGCUAAAACUACCAGUACAAAAAGAUGGAGUGAUUGUGAGUAUGCCACUUCUUACUGGUAAUUAUUUGAGAGGAAUGCGUCAAUUAUGGCAAUAUGUUGAGUUCCUGUUCAUAGAUGAAAUUUCUAUGGUGCCCUAUGAGAUGCUUUGUAUGAUCGACUCUCGUUUGCGACAGCUGAAAAAGCCAGACGCUUGUUUUGGAGGCAUAAACGUGAUACUCUUUGGUGAUCUAAUGCAGUUACCACCUGUUCGAGGACAUCAAGUUUUUCAGCAACCAGAACAUAUGAAGCCAGCUACACAUUUGUGGCGACAGUUCCGUCUGGUUGAACUCAAACAAAACAUGCGUCAACAAGGAGACACGACAUUUAUAGAUGUGCUUAACGCCCUUAGAGUUGGAGCAAUGACGUCUAGGCAUCUUGAAAUCCUUCUUGAAAAAGUUUCAACAGAUGUAACUAAUGAAUUCGCGAUUGAGAAAGCGUUAAGAAUUUACACAACGAAUGAUCAAGUUGCUAGACACAACGAAAAAGUUCUCCAGAGUUUUGAGAAUAAAGGGACAGUUAUUUAUACAAUAAAAGCACAAGACCAACUCAUUGAUGCUACUCGAAAUCUAGGUAACAAGGACUUAGAUUCUGUGAUACCUAAUGAUAUUAAUAAAACCGGAGGUCUUCCGAAAGUACUGAAAAUAUUCGUAGGGGCUAAAGUGAUGUUAAGGUCGAACAUUGACAUGUCGAAAGGUUUAGUGAAUGGCAAUAUGGGUUUCAUCACUGAAAUUAUCUGGCCAAAUUUUCGCAGAGGCCAACUAUACGCGGACGACAUCCCAUCAGUCCGUAUCGAUUUCGGUUCAGAUGGUGUACACAUGAUUAAACCGAUAUCGAUACAGUUCCCAGCGAAAUACAGCUAUAGGACUGCUGAGAGACGAAUGUUGCCAUUAAUCCUGAGUUGGGCUUCGACCGUCCACAAGAUGCAAGGUUGUAUAGUUGGAUUCAUGUAUCUUUUUACACACGUGACCAAAAGCUAA